AUGUCUAAUAAGAUGCACGAUAGAAUUUCCUUCUUUCGUUCUCAAUUGCAAAAUCGCAGAUUUGGGGAAGAAACGCUUGGUAUUCUGGAAUCAAUUUUAGUUUCGAAGGAUGUAAAUUCCUUACUGGAAAUUAGAUCUAUCUUGAAAGAGUUUCUGCGAUCAGAAGCUGUGUUAGUUUUUCAAGAUAUUUUAGAGAAACCUGUUGAGGAGAAGCUUUUCAUACUUGAUUUCUUCGUUCGUGCUUUUGCUCUUUCUGGUGAUGUUGAGAGUUGUUUGGCUUUGAAGUAUGAGGCACUGGUUAUCCGGGACCAAAAGUGUGUGAAUCAAGAAGAUUAUCAAGUUACUUAUGAGGAGUGGCUAACUUUUGCCGAGGACUCGCUUAAAAAUGGAUUCUAUUCCAUUGCAGUCAAGGGCUUUGAAAAUGCCCUUUUACGAGUUCAACCAAACAAUGUGACGUUGCGCGGGGAAGAUUUUUUUUCUCAUGCGCAAGUUGCUGAAAAGAUAAAGAAACUCAAAGAUGUAGCAGUUGCAUCAGUUGCUUCACAUUCUGUUCGGGCGCAAAGUGCUGAGCACAUGAAGAGGAAAAUAAUACAGAAGAAUGAUCAGAUAAUUCCAAGGGACACACAAUUAGCUAGUUCACUAUUCAGAAAUGGCAUCAAGAAGCGUAACAUGCAGAAACUCCGUGUACUUCAAAGCUUGCAUCAGAUUAACACUGAAUCAUAGAUAGCUUAGUACUUUUCCCAGGUUGGUUGAUUCGAUGAAGUCUUGGCAACCGACAUGUGGAUAGUGGGAUCAAGGUAUAAACUUUGAUAUAAAGAGUAACUUCCAUGAUCAGUAAAAAAUUAAACAAAACUCUGUAACAAUCUGAACUGUAUAAAAGUCAAGGCGUUGAGCUCGA